CUUUUUUCCCCACGGAUUGUUUUUUGUGGUUUUUUUUGCUGCCGCCCCGCGUUUUGAAAAACGACGAGCUCUCGUCGUCAGCUCUCCCGAGCUGCGGAAGCUGCGGCACGACACCGGCAGGGGGAUCUGUCCCAUCCAUUCCCUCCCCUUCACAUGCACCCGGUGACGUGCCAAGGCAUGGUGUGCUCCAGCCCUGUGCUAAGAGCUCAGGGGCAAUGGAACCCCACCAAGGAAGAUGGGCCUGGCAGCAAGCCAGACCCCCUGUGGCUGGCUAACCUCACAGGCACCCACAUCGGCUUGCCCCCAAUAUCUGAGGACCCUGAGGACCGCUGCACCAUCUGGGAAAAUCUAGUGAGUCUGGUGGACUUUCAGUCCCCAGGCUUUCCCCUGACUGCUGAGGAGCUGUGUGAGUACAUCGACAUUCCCCGCACAGCCACCUCCUCCUCCACCACCAUGAUGCACCAUGCCAUGGCCGAGUCCUCUCAGCUCACAGGGAACAUCAACUACAAGACCAACCCACAUGUCAGGCCACCUUACUCCUAUGCCACCCUCAUCUGCAUGGCAAUGGAAGCCAGCAAGAAGCCCAAGAUCACCCUCUCGGCCAUCUGCAAGUGGAUCAGUGACAACUUCUGCUACUUCCAACCUGCUGAUCCCACCUGGCAGAGCUCCAUCCGGCACAACCUCUGCAUCAACAAGCGCUUCAUCAAGGUGACCCGGGAGAAGAGCGAACCAGGGAGAGGAGCAUUUUGGAAGCUCCACUCCCGAUACGCCAACCGGUUCAAGAACAGAACCUUCAAAGAGUGGAGGAUGCCACCAGUGCAGACGCAGCCAGGCUCCCCUGAAAGAGCCCAGCAAGAGGCAGGGCACAUCAUCAGCCCAGCUGCCUCAGCCUGCAGCUCCCGUAACAAUCUCGAGAUAAGCAUGGAGCUGCAGCAGCUGCUGAAAGAGUUUGAAGAGUUUGAAAACAGCCAGAACUGGAAUGCCAUGGAGAAUGAAGUGGGGCAGCAGCGCAAGCAGCCCAUGUCAACGGCCAAGAUGUCUCGACUUCCCAGCUCUGCUUCUGGGACCCAGGAAGAGCGGAGCGAGCUGACCGAGCUGAAGGGUGACACUGACUGGGAAGCUCUCCUGAGCAACCACCUGGACGAAGGAGACUUCUCUGUUCUUGGGGAUCUGGAGCUCCCACCUCCCAUCCAGCCCGUGACACUGCACCUGGACUGGACGGGACAAGGGCAGCACACAGCCUGUCCCCAAGAACAGGAGCAAGUCCUCACCAAACCUAACCACAACAACCCAGGCUUUGAUGAAACCCUCAUGGCCACAGCUUUCCUGGAGCGUGCCUGGCACAAGGAAACAAGCGAUAACCUCUCCAACUUCAUCCCCAUUGACCAGGGGGCUGAAAACAUCCAGGCCUCUUUGCCAGAGAGGGAUGUCAGAGACUGUAACUUUCCGACCUUCUAUUAA